GAAUAUGCAGCAGGAGCCUCCCCGGCGGCCAAUAGGCGCCGGGCGAUCCGUGAAUAUGUAAUGAGGCCGAGGCCCUUGUCAUGCGGGCCCGGCCGGCGGCGGGAAGCGGCGGCGGUGGCGGGGAGCGGGCUGCAAGAUGGCGACCGCCAUGUACCUGGAGCACUACCUGGACAGUAUCGAGAACCUCCCCUGCGAGCUGCAGAGGAACUUCCAGCUGAUGCGGGAGCUGGACCAGCGGACGGAAGACAAGAAGGCAGAAAUCGACAGCCUGGCAGCAGAGUACAUCGAGUCAGUAAAGAACAUGUUGCCUGAGGAGAGAGUGGAACACCUGAAGAAAAUCCAGAGUGCCUACAGCAAAUGUAAGGAGUACAGUGAUGACAAAGUCCAGCUGGCCAUGCAAACCUACGAGAUGGUGGACAAGCACAUCCGCCGCCUGGACGCCGACCUGGCGCGGUUCGAGGCGGAUCUGAAGGACAAGCUGGAGGGCAGUGACUUUGAGAGCCCUGCAUCCCGAAGCCUGAAAAAGGGACGGAGCCAGAAAGACAAAAGAGGCUCUCGUGGCCGAGGCAGGAGAACAUCUGAAGAAGACACACCAAAGAAAAAGAAACUCAAGGGAGGGUCUGAGUUUGCUGACACCAUCCUGUCAGUGCAUCCCUCAGAUGUCCUGGACAUGCCAGUGGACCCCAACGAGCCCACCUACUGCUUGUGCCACCAGGUGUCCUAUGGAGAGAUGAUUGGCUGUGACAACCCAGAUUGCCCAAUUGAAUGGUUCCACUUUGCCUGUGUAGACCUCACCACCAAACCAAAAGGGAAAUGGUUUUGUCCACGUUGUGUUCAGGAAAGAAAGAAAAAGAAGUAAGGAGUAGAGGGGAAUGCAUCUUCAGAGGCAAGAAGAAUUUAAUAUAUUCCUUCCUUCACGUUGCAAUAUUAUUUUUGAUUUUUUUUUUUUUUUUUAACUACUCUCCUUUUUCUGGUAUGAUAUUUAAUUGUCCAGUGGCCAGUUGUAAUCACUGUUCUUUCUUGAAGAAAAUGAGUUUGGGAGGGCAGGACUUCACCACAGGGAUUUUAUUUAUGUUGCACUUGCACAGCACUGAAGUGGAUGAAGUGCUAGGGCAGGCAGUGGCUGUAGUCUCUGCUGGGUUUUGGGAGUCUGUACAACAUGUCAGGAGAGGGCAAUAACCUGCAGCUCCAGCAUCCAGAUGGUUUGAGCAUGGAGCUUGGCCUGGCAGAGCAGGAAUUGUCUCUGAUGCACCCUGCAUGGAAGAGGUGGCUGCAGUGUUCAGUGUGGAGUUUUGUUGUGCAGUUUUGCAGGAGAGAAGGGAACAGGGAAGCUGCUGAACUGUCUCCAGUGUCUCCAAGCCAAGCACUGUGCUCAGGUUUGAUAGGGCAGGGCUCAGGGAGAGGAGAUCAAAUCUUCUCUUUGGGGGAAUUUUUUUCUGUCCACCUUGGCACUGCCUUCAUUUGACUUGAUCUUGCCUCUGUUCACAUGAACCUUAGCAGAAGCAAACCCUCUUGGUUUUUUUUUCACCUCCUUCUAGAAAAGGUUUGUCUCUUGGGGGAGGAAAAAGCAGCAAAGGAAUUGUCCUGCAGUCUUUGUUUAUCACAGUCAUACUGAGUGUUGUGUCUCCUGUUCCCAUUGCUCUGAAGAUCCUCUAAGUGCAUUACUGUGAAGAUGAAACCUACAGUAUUCUAGUAGAGAUAGAAGGUUGGAUUUAUUCAUAAAACAAGAUGAAGGCCUAAUUUUUUUUUUUUUUUUUUUUUUUUUUUU